AGCUGCGGAAAAGAAGCGUUGGCUAAGGUAGAAGCGGCUGAGAGAGAGGCAGUCACCGGCUGUUUUGGUGAUUGCUGUAGAAAUGGAGUGUUUCAAUGACCUCCUCCACAAACUGAAGGAGGUCCACGAGCGAGAAAUAGAAGGAUGGCAGGUGAAAGUUCAAGAGCUGUCCAACAAGAAAGGCUGGUUGGAGAUUUUCAAAAAUUCCUUUUUUGCGUUUACGUGUGGACAAUGAAUACGAAGUUCGUCACGCAAUGUCAAAGUGACACAAAAAGAAUGGAAGAACUUUUUACCAGAAACCAACAGAUGAAAGAACAACACAGAUUACUCACCGAAAACAUUAAGGUUCUGGAAAACAGGCUUAGGGCUGGGCUGUGUGACAGAUGUACGGUCACUCAAGAGGUAGCCAAGAGAAGACAACAGGAAUUUGAAGCUUCCCAGAUUCAGAGUCUCCAGCACAUCUCUCUACUUGCUGGAGAGAUGAACAACCUGAAAAAAGAGAACAAGAAGCUUAAAGAUGAAAACAGAAACUUAAAAGCAGCACUUGACAAAGGUCACAGUGACCACUCUUCCAAUAGUAGCACCACCACAGAGGUCAAGCCCAACUCUUCCCCUGCCCUUUCACCCUCAUCUGGAAUCCUGUCCCUUGUCAAUACAACAACCAGCAGGCCAAGCAACAAGCCAGCAGAUGGCAACAUUUCAGUAAAGCCUGAUGUUGAACUGAAAACUGAAGAAACCGAAGGCAGACAGUUAAGAGGAAUCAACCGAAGCCAGUUUGAUGCUCUUCCAUUGUCGGCCCUCACAUUGCCGUCAUGGAAGAAAGAACACUUUGUGACUCGUGCUGGGGAGAAGAGGAGAUCUUCUGUCCCAGCUGCUGGAGAUGUGCGACCUGGCAGACAUGUUGUCCAUGCUCCUGUCGCCCGACAUCCUCAAGCAAUCAACAGCAACUCUGCUUCUCUUCGCUGGUCUCUAUCUGAAUCAACUGAUUGGAUUACUGCCGGCACCAACACAGUAGUGCAAACUUCACCCAAUCCACACUCACAACAUUUUCACAGCUUGAACCCAAUGAGGCAACAGGCCAGCCCCAGAAGGCAGGUUUUUAGUCCUCCGUUUCCUAAGCAGAGCAGCAUUCAGCCCCCUGCCAGAGAGCCAACUGUGGUUUUCCGAUUGACAAAUCUGCCAGAUUAUGUGGAGAUUCAAACAAAGCCCACAGAGAAAACAGAGAAAAAGGAAAACCUGCUACCCAAGGUUGAGAGGGUGUCUGGAGAAGGGUUAAAAGAGUUAAAUGAUGGGCCUUUGGACUUAUCUGAUCGGGGGAAGUCCAUAUCCAGUCAAGUGCCAAAAAGUGAUUCAUCCUCAGCCUUACAAGAUGGAACAAGAGUUCAAAAGAGCCCUGAAUUGGAAGUAAACACAAAUUCUUCUGCAGACAUAGCAGAAUCAUCAUCUUCACCUAUUGUCAUUCCUUCAUCAUCGUGUGCAACGACAGAAGAGCAAGCACCUGACAAGGAUCCUAACCACAAGGUAGUCAGAGAGCAGGAUCAGAAAGAGGAGGUGAAUGGAAAGACAGAUGAAAGCAAGGGGAAGAAGGUGCCUAUCCUCACUCUAUCAUUACGGCCAGCAGUAGUGGUGUUGGAGACUCUGAACCCAGCUCUACAAAAGCAAGAUUCCUUAUCAUCAAAUGGCAAGACAUCUUCAGCAACAGAUGAGCCAGAAACCAGCUCUGAUGAGCAGGACGAGGAAGCCAGCCGGUCAGGACAAGAAAGCAAUCAGGGCUCCAAAAGGAAAAGGGCAUCUGUGGAGACAGACGCAGACAGAGAUUUCAACACAGACAGCAACAACCAUCGGGAGAGGAAGCUCAAAAUCACAAUGAGAUCAGAGGAAAAGCCCUAGAUAAAGAGGAUGUCACACUGACUUGUGCCAAAACACCCUCCUGUAUAACAAGCUGAAGAGACUAAAAUCUGCAGAAUUCUCUUUUGUUCCUCAUCUUCGAGCGAAACGAAACACGGUCUGCGCUGCUAAUGCUUAAAGAACUUCAUUCUAAAUGUCCUGGCAUGCCCGUCACUGCUUGGCUAAAAAAAAAAAAACACGUAAAUCCUCUUACGUGGCUAACUUAGAAGAAUAUAAGAAAGAAAGUCCGAAGAGUAAAAGAAGUUCCUCUUCCUCUUUUCUCAUUUUCAGACAGCACAUAUUUUGCAAGUAUGAACUUUCCACUAACAGCUGUGACAACAACCUUUGCUUAGCUGGGUGAUAGAUGGGAAGUGUUAAAAGCAGAGAGACAGCUAAAGAAACUCUUGUGAUAAAGCACUGUGAAGCUACUGAGUCCAUUUUGUAUCGAUAUAAAAAUGGAUGGACUGGCAGAGUCAACUAAUCUCAAAUCUACUUAUUUUUCCUUCAUUUCAUUUUUUAGAUGUCCCUGUGUAUGAACCCAGAUCUGCAGUCCUAAUGCUGUCAUAUUGAUUUCUCCUGUUUCUGUUAUGCGUGUCUGAUGCCAUUAUAGUCCAUUAAGUAUGGCAUUUUAUCAAUGGUCAGUGGUCUUUCCCUGCCAUUUGCAUCUCUCGGUUAAAAAAAUGUGAUUGACUAUCCUACUGUAAGUGUACUGCUAUGUUCUGACUUUUAAGCUGUCAAGCUAGAUGAUGUGCUGUUGAGAGUAUUUUUUUUACAAUACUACACUGUUAGAAACCUUUUAAUGAAUGUACUGUUACUGAUGUUGAAAUAAAUUUCCAUUCUUAAA